AAAAUUUAAAAUUAACAUUCAGAAGCUCACAAAUUCGAAAGCUCGAAAUAGAAAAAAUUGAAUUUUAGAAGUUAAAAUUUUGGUUUAAUUUAAAACACCAUUCCUUAUUCUCAAAUUCUAUUAGCGGUAGCCAUAUUCGCGCGAGGGCCGCUCUCGUUCGGUCCCAACAUGGGCGUUUCUUUUGUCGUCUGCAAUGUGUCAAACAUCAUCGAACGGGUCAGUCGUAAAUGAGGAAAAGCGGUGGGAGAUUACAGCCGACAGUGACGUCGCUUAAUUCACCGGUCGACAAAGCCGCUGUUGAAAACGCGCGAGCGCGAGUUGUCCAUGCUGACGAACGUACCGCAUCGUCCUCAUCCGCCGCUUUGUGAGAGUGCCGCGGUCAAAAAAACCGUCUCUCGCACGUAUCGGACUUUGAGCUCGAUAAUUGAAUUAAAAUCCAGGAGAAAAAGGUAAACAGGCGAGCGGAUAUCGUCGGGCAGUAUUUUUCUUCGUUGCAGCCUCGAAAUUCGAGAUUCGCCGCGAAAUCGAUGAGCAAUCUCAGCGACUGAGUCGUAAGGUUAUGCAGCGUAGUCGAGGGAAAAUAAAGACAUCAAGAAUUCCUUACGUGCUGGUGGUUUGAUACAUGCGUGAGAGGGAGAGACAGCCUAGUAGAUAAUGAACGGUGACGCAUCAUUGUUGUCUCUGUACGUCUGGCCAAGUCUGAGGAACUGAAGUACAAGGUCCACCUGCUACAAAUCAGCUGAUCAACAAAAGAGGCUAUAAAGUUCACAAUUUAGGUUUUAAUGAAAAUAAAUAUUUAUUUACAUGUCAGGGAUCUUUUAAGUUUUGAAACUCCGUUUGUGACGUGUUGUGUUGAUUUACAAGAUUAUUUCCCAUAAGGAAAGAAGGAAAUCGAAAAAUGUCCUCCACAGCGAUGGGUACACCUAAAAGUAGUAAUCUCCAAAAUCGAAAUUCGCAGAGAUCCACUCUACUGAAAGUGGUAAUUCUCGGAGAUGGUGGUGUUGGCAAAUCCUGUCUCAUGAACAGAUUUGUGUCAAAUCACUUUGAUGAGCACAGCUUUCAUACGAUAGGAGUGGAAUUUCUAAAUAAAGAUAUUGAAAUUAAUGGUGAAGCGUAUACAUUACAAAUAUGGGACACUGCUGGACAAGAGAGAUUCAAAACUCUUAGAACCCCAUUCUAUAGGGGUUCUGAUAUCUGUCUACUCACCUAUGCAGUGGAUGAUCGAACAAGUUUUAAAAAUUUGACACUAUGGAGAUCUGAAUUUCUUAAGUAUGCAGAUGUUCGAGAAGCUUCUAUAUUUCCUUUUAUCGUCAUAGGCAAUAAAGUGGACGUCCCCGAGUUGGAGAAACAGGUUUCCACGGAAGACGCACAAGCUUGGUGUCUGGAGAACGGCAAUCCUCCGUUAGUUGAGACUUCGGCAAAAGACGCCACUAAUGUCGAGGCAGCGUUUGGGGCAGCUGUCGCUGCAUGGGCGCGACUGGAAGCUAGAUUAGAGCGGCCUUUAGUAGAAGAUACCGUCGAUCUUUCCAAGCAGCAAUCCCCGCAUCGUUCGAGCUGCUGCAUGCCUGUGUCGGGCACUGAAUCCACCUUCGUGACCAGAUAAUUGAAAUCAGGUGGUAGGAAGAUAAGCACAAUAUGCGAACUUUACGGUGCGAAGCAACGCUUGUGGAAACAGUUGUUUAAAGUUUCUUUAUGUUUGGAAGCAGCACACGUCACAUCGCAAAUUGAGCCCAUAGGUGUUUAUUCUGUGAUUAGGAUCUAUAAGGACACACUAUAUGCAAUAUAAGUGUAAGAGAUUAUUUUUCUUUGUUUGGCCUACGCAUCAUUUCUUUGCACAAUUACAGCAAAAUAUGCAAUAGAAGUGAUUUAUAGUCCAUAGAGAGUUUGAACGGACUCGCGUAAAGUUUCGAGUAGGUAAAUAUGACAUUUUUCUUCAGUUUCGAACUUAGCCAUUUUCACCAAUUGCACUUGAGACAAUUUCUCACAAUAGGCAUGCUUUUUUUUCUAGGUCUAACAAAGUAAUUUGAAGAGAAUCUCUUGCCUGUCUACGAUACUCUCUCUACGUUAUACGGUAAACUUUAUUCACGCUGGAAUUGCGUCGGUUGUAUAAAAAUGGAUUGUAAUUCAAUUUUACAACUCAAGAUCAGCUAAAACUUGAAAGAUCGUACGAACUAUGUUUAUAGGAAAAUAAUUAGCGACAAAUGAAUGUACCUUGCUGUGUGGCUCAUCUUUAUCCUUAAUAAAUCUUAUAGAAGUACUUGAACAUGAAGCCACAAAGAUCGUAUAUAAGACAAAUAACGUAUCGCGGUUAAUAUUUCCAGAACAUAGCUCUAAGAUGUAAGGUCAGAUUGAACGUCCUAUUCUAUCACGCUUUGUGCAGCUCUUAAGCUACCGACAGUAUUUUAAGUGUUUCACACAAUAUCAGCUUGUGAUAAGAUAAUAAUAAUAAUAAUAAUCAUGAAUUGUGUGCUUUACUACAUAAGAGAGAUAGGCAUAAAUUUGUAAUUCUAGCUUUGUAAUCUAAAUUUGCCUUAUCCUCGCGGAACACGUCUGAGAGCAGUUAAGCGACUUAUUUAGACGAAGUCUCGCUACACAUAUACUCUGUAUUUAUAUACUCUGAAUUUGAUGCUUGUACAAAGUAUAAAAUACGCUUUUCUGCUCUUGGAACAUUCCGCAGUCGAUGUCUAACGAUUUUCCUACAAAAUUAUUAACGUUACCAGCAGUGAGAGCUUUUUGUACGAUUGUCGUUGGUGUAUGACCUCCUCUACGGUCCUCUACGGUCGCGGUGUCUCGCUCGACACAUACCAGAUUCUUGGGAACGCUUUGUGUAUGACAAACAAGCAAAAAGUAAAUAAUGCCGCAACGGCAAGAUUCGGAUUAAUCGUGUAUGAAACGUGCAUGCUGGUGCUUUUUAUAUAGCUACAUGUGGAAUAUAUAAAUUUAUAGUGACAGAGAGAUAACGUGUUGGUUAAGGAUGUUAAGUGCUACAAGACUAAUCAUAUCAAGGUGGAAAAUUCACCUCUUAAUUACGACAACAUUGACAUCACUUUUACGAAUAAGUCUCUAUGUGCGCGAGAUCUCUAUGAAUUAUUUUUUAAAGAAUACUGAUGCACACAGUAUACAUGUUUCAUUUGUGUGGUGAAAAAAAAGAAGUGUGUGCCGAUCGUUAUUUAUUAUUUUUUACAUAUCCUUAACGUAUAUUCGUUCGCAAAAAGAUUGCAAUAUCUUCUGUUUCGACGAGUUUCGGAAAGUAGACUGUUUAUUCUUGCGAUUGAAAUUCGCAUAGUCCUCAUCGAAGAGGAAAGUGUUGCAACUUAUCUGCGACCGAAUAUACACAUCUUCUCGUACAUGAUCUAUAUAAUAUGUGUGUGUAUGCCUUAAGAUUUUAUAAUUCCGGGGAUCGCGAUUUUGCAAGGAAAAAUAAACGUACACUGUGCUUGUUUAAA